CACCAAAAUAUCUCCACAGCACAGCUGCUGUCUCUGAGGUUUUCUUUCUUAUCGUAAUUUCGUUCAGUUCAGACGAAAGGUCAAUUUUUCGAGUGCCGCGGAUCGGCGAAUCAAAGGAAUAUGAUGUUGUCCCGAUCUAAGACUGUCCUGCAGUCAAAGCAGUUCUCGGCCUUGCUAAGACGGCUCGAAAGCACUUUGGUCAUCGCCGAGCACAACAAUGAGAAAUUGACUCCAAUCACCCUGAAUGCCCUGACGGCAGCCAAGCAGAUCGGAGGGGACAUCUCUGUCCUCGUCGCUGGAACGAAAUGCGCUGCGGUUGCUGAGGAGGUGUGCAAGGCCGCUGGUGUUGGCAAAGUGUUGGUGGCCGAAGACCAGGCAUUCAACGGAUUCACCCCUGAAACGCUGACCCCAUUGAUUUUGGCCACUCAGAAGCAGUUCAAUUUCACGCACAUUGUUGCUGGGGCCACUGCUUUUGGUAAAGCUCUCUUGCCCAGGGUGGCAUCCAAGUUGGACGUUUCGCCCGUCUCGGAUAUUAUUGCCGUCAAGUCAUCUGACACUUUUGUCAGAACAAUUUACGCUGGAAAUGCUGUGCUCACUUUAAAAUCUAAGGACCCGGUUAAGGUCGUCAGUAUUCGAGGCACUAAUUUUGAGGCCGCUGCUGCUACAGGAGGCAGUGGAAAGUCGGAGGCUUUUGCUGCCACCGACUGCAAGUCUGACAAAAUUGAGUUCGUCAGCCAGCAGUUGAGCAAGAGCGACAGACCUGAUCUUGCCAGUGCCAAGGCUGUUGUCAGUGGAGGACGAGGAAUGAAGUCUGGAGAUAACUUCAAGAUGCUGUAUGACCUUGCCGAUAAAUUGAAUGCUGCCGUUGGUGCGUCGAGAGCAGCUGUUGACGCAGGAUUUGUGCCCAACGACCUGCAGGUCGGGCAGACUGGCAAGAUUGUUGCCCCUGACAUAUACAUCGCUAUAGGAAUUUCUGGAGCCAUUCAGCAUUUGGCUGGAAUGAAGGAUUCCAAGACCAUCGUUGCCAUUAAUAAGGACCCCGAGGCACCAAUUUUCCAGGUUGCGGACUACGGUCUGGUUGCCGACCUCUUUAAGGUCGUACCUGAGCUCACGCAGAAGUUGUAAAAACUGCGCACUUUCAUCAAAAUUUGGUGGAUUUUCACUUCUGUACUGCCACGCGCUAUGUUAAAGAUUUUCAAAUAUAUUUUUCUUUAGCCAAUAAAUGCUUCAAUUUUAUUGA